AUGUCUGAUGUCCAAGCUUUUGCUAUUGAUUUAGCUUAUGCUUCUGGAAUUAAGCCUAAGGAGAUACAUGAGUUAAUGAGUAGGGAGGCUGGUGGAAGGGCUAAUCUUGGUUACACUGGAAUUGAUCAAAAAAACUAUCUUCGAACUAGACGACAACGAAGCUUGAUAUAUGGAGAAGCCGGUAGUUUAUUAAGGUAUUUUCAACAACAAUUGAUUCAUAAUCCAUCGUUCCAUUAUGCUGUACAGUUGGAUAUCGAGAAGCAAAUAACUAAUAUAUUUUGGGCUAAUGCUAAAAUGAUAAUUGAUUAUGCCCAUUUUGGUGAUGUUUUUAGUUUUGACACUACAUUUGGCACAAACAAAGAAUUUAGACCUUUAGCUGUGUUUAUUGGUUUCAAUCACCAUAGAGAGAUGGUGAUUUUUGGGGCUGCACUUUUAUACGAUGAGACAGCUGAAUCAUUCAAAUGGCUUUUUGAGAGUUUUUUAAAAGCACAUGGUGGUAGAAAGCCUAAAUCUAUCUUUACUGAUCAAGAUUUUGCUAUUGCAAAGGCAUUAGCUGAGGUGAUGCCGGAGACAUGGCAUGGAUUAUGUACUUGGCACAUAAUGCAAAAUGGAAUCAAGAAAUUGGGAAAUUUGACGAAGGAUGGCUCAUUGUUCCUCCGAGACUUUAAGGACUGCAUGUAUAAGUAUGAGAAUGAGAGUGAAUUUGAAGAAGCUUGGAAUAAAAUGAUUCAGACCUAUACAAUUAAGGAUCUUAGUUGGUUAAAUGGUAUAUACAAAUUGAAGGAAAAAUGGGCUAACUGUUACAUGAAGAGGGCAGUUACUUUGGGAAUGCGAAGUACUCAGCUUAGUGAAAGUUUGAAUGGGGAUUUGAAAGAUUACUUGAAAUCAAAUUUGAAUAUGGAUGAUUUUUUUGAGCAUUUUGAGAUGGUAGUAGGGCAGAAGCAGGAUAAAGAGUUAGAGGCUGAGUAUAAUGCUAGGGAAAAAUUGCCUCCUUUGUGCUUGAAGAAUUCACCUUUAUUGAAGCAAGCAUCACAAGUGUAUACCCCUACAAUAUUUAAAGUGUUCCAAAAUGAGUAUGACUAUGCAUCAACUGCAAUAAUAAAAGAUCGGAAUUGUAGCCAGCCAGUGCAUGAAUAUACUGUUGUGCUUCUUGAGAAAGUUGGAGAAUAUAAAGUAUUGUGUAGUCCUAUUAGUAGGACAAUCUCAUGUAGUUGUAGGAAGUUUGAAACAUUUGGGAUUUUGUGUUGUCAUGCUUUGAAGGUUUUCAACAUACUUGAUAUAAAGAUAAUUCCUGAUGCUUACAUUUUGAAGAGAUGGACAAGAGAAGCAAAAAAUGGGUAUGUCAUAGAUAGUAUUGGGAAGGAUGUCAAUGGGGAUGUUAACUUAAAAGUUACACAACGGUAUAGAAGAUUAUGUCCCAGGUUAGUUAGAUUAGCCACACGAGCUGCUGAAAUCGAAGAAGCAUAUGCUUUGGUAGAGAGUGUUAUAGAGGAAUUAGAAAAGCAAGUUGAAGAUAUUGCCAUGAAAUUUUCAAGUGUGAGUCUUGAUAAUUCUAAAGAUCAAAUGUCAUUGGGUGGUAGUGAAAUUGUGGAUCAUGGAGAACCUAUAAAGAAUUUAGUUGAAAAGAAAAACAAUAACUCUUCUCUCAUAAAUUACAAUAACUUUAUCUCACCUGUGCAAUGCUAUUCACAUAAGGAAACUAAUCAGGCACCUAAUUCAAUGGCAUGGAUGACAUAUGAAGGUCUCCAAGGAAAUAGGUGCCAAAACAAUUUCAUUGAAUCAUUAACGGGAAUGGAUGUUGGGUUUGAACAAGCACAAGUUCCUUUGGGUGACACAACAAAUAAUUAUGAUGCUCACAUGAAUUUUCUUGGUAAAUGA